GUCUUAUGCAACUUAUUAUCGACUUCAGUUCUUCCACUUAGAUACUCCCUCUUCUCUUCAUUCACAUGUUCUUCUCUUAUCUCUAUCUCUUCAGCUUUGGAACCAAAACACAAACACAAUAUCCUGUGUGUUGCUGGUGCAGAUAUGGACUCAAACUCAAAGGCUGUGUGCUUCAUAACCCACCAAGCCAUUUUCAACGCGGUUCGAUGUGGGGACCUUGAAGGGCUGAAGGAGCAGCUGAAGAACAAGGGUGAAGAGGGGGUUUCUGAGGUGAUGUCUAUGCAGAACGAUGCAGGGGAAACCAUGUUCUACAUAGCUGCUGAGAUUGGUCUUCGUGAGGUGUUCAGCUUCUUGUUUGGUUUAUGUGACAUGGAGGUGCUGAAGAUCAGGGCCAAAUCGGAUUUGAACCCCUUUCACGUUGCAGCCAAAGGUGGCCAUUUGGAUAUUGUAAGGGAAAUUUUGAGUACUUGGCCUGAGGUUUGCACGUUAUGCGACUCCUCUAACACUAGUCCCCUAUAUUUUGCUGCUAUUGGAGAUCAUUUGGAUGUAGUGAAUGCAAUAUUGGAUGUUGAUGUGAGUUCAAUGAUGAUAGUAAGGAAAAAUGGCAAAACUGCAUUGCACAAUGCUGCUAGGUAUGGCAUCCUUCGCAUUGUAAAAGCACUGAUUGCCCGGGAUCCCGGAAUAGUCUGCAUCAAAGAUAGAAAGGGUCAAACUGCACUGCAUAUGGCUGUGAAAGGACAAAGUACUUCAGUGGUGGAUGAGAUAUUACAAGCUGAUCUUACCAUAUUGAAUGAACGAGAUAAGAAGGGUAACACAGCUCUUCACAUGGCUACCAGGAAAUGCCGUCCUCAGGUAGUAAGCAUUUUGUUAACCUACACAGCUCUGAAUGUCAAUGCCAUCAAUAAUCAGAAGGAAACAGCCUUGGAUUUGGCAGAUAAACUACGAUAUGGAGAUUCAGCUUUGGAAAUCAAGGAGGCCCUUGCAGAAUGUGGUGCCAAGCAUGCCAGGCAUAUCGGGAAAGUGAAUGAAGCCAUGGAACUAAAAAGAGCCGUGAGUGAUAUAAAGCAUGAGGUGCAGUCACAGCUCAUACAGAAUGAAAAGACUCGCAAACGAGUUUCUGGUAUUGCUAAGGAAUUGAAGAAAAUUCAUAGAGAGGCAGUUCAAAACACCAUCAAUUCUGUCACAGUAGUAGCUGUCCUUUUUGGCUCAAUAGCAUUCAUGGCCUUAUUCAGUCUACCCGGUCAAUAUCGAAAGAAGCAACCAGAGGCAGGGAAGGCAAAUAUAGCCGAUGAUGCUGCCUUCAGUGCUUUCUGCCUUUUGAACGCUACAGCUCUUUUCCUUUCACUUGCAGUUGUUGUUGCUCAAAUCACUUUGGUGGCUUGGGAUACAAGGUCUCAAAGGCAGGUUGUGUCAGUGAUUAACAAGCUAAUGUGGGCUGCAUGUGCCUGCACUUGUGGUGCUUUUCUUGCUAUAUCUUUUGUGGUUGUUGGAGAUGAAACAUGGCUGGCUAUUAGUGUCACAGUUUUGGGGGCACCAAUUCUACUUGGUACUCUAGCAUACUUGUGCUACUUUGUUUUUAGGCGACGCUUUGGACUCCGCAGUGAUUCCCAGGGAUUAGUCAAGAGACCAAGUGGAAGCAAGUCAUUCUCAUGGUCCUACUCAGUUAAUAUAUCAGAUGUGGAUGAUUAUGAUUCUGAUCAUGUGAAGAUAUAUGCUCUAUAAGUGAGUAUGUAAACUUGAACUGAUAUCCUUCCACCUAAAUGGAAAGUGAAAUGUUCACUCACUUGGAUUCAGCUGCUUAAUUUGCAGUUGACUAGCAAGUUUUACACGAGAAAUUUGUUGGAUAGGCUAAUACAUGUGACUGAUAAUCCGAAGUCGGAUGCAGAUUUUUGUACAUGGUAAAAAAAAUAUAGAAAGGACGUUCUCUUUAGCUUAUAUAUCUAGCUCUGGAUUUUUGAAAAUGGAUCCAGUGCAUAAUUUGGUUGGGGUUGGACUUUAAUUUGUUGACUAAUGAUAUAUUAAGCAUAUUUGAGAGGCUUUUCUUUGCUAUGAA